AUGUUUACGAAGAAUCAUAGAAGAAUGUCAUCUACUUCAAGUGAUGAUGACCCAUUUGAUGUUGCUGAAAAAUAUUAUGGUGAAGAAAGAAAGAAAAAAUUGAAUCGUGUUCGAACAUUUAGUGCUUUUGAAAGUACUAAAUUUGGUGCUGGUCCAAUAUCACCUCUACGGUCCACUUAUGAACCACCACCACUGAUAAAAGAAACAUCAGAGCCAUUAUCAUCAUCAUCGUCAUCAUCUCCACCCACCUUAACCCCCCAAAGUAGUCAAGUUCAAUUCAACCUUGGUGUUGGGAAAACUAAAAAUGGUUCAGCAAUUCAUUCUGAUUCUGAAUCUGAAGAAGGAGAAGAAGUAGAUCCUGUUAGUAGUGCUACUAAAGGCGAAAGAAAUGAAAAGGAUCCAUUUGAUACUACUGAUUCUAAAUUAGAAAAUAAUAACUCAACUGAGCACUCUUCUACUAGUAGAGAAAUCAUUCCUCAUCCAACUGGAUUUCAUGGAUCUCCAGAAGAACUGGCUCCUAGAAGGAAACCAUCAAUUAUUCCUAUUUAUCAUGAUAAUAUAUCUCGAGAUUCAGUUAUUAGAAAUGCCAAUACCCCAACAACGUAUAAUCGUGAAAAAUUCCAUUUACGUCGAGGAUCAUUAGAUGAAUCAACUUAUGUUAGACCCAAGAAAUAUUAUAUCAAUGAUGUUCAAGGAACUCUUAAAGAAUUAUUGGCUAAUGAAGAUACUGAUAAUAAUUGUCAAAUUACAAUUGAAGAUACAGGUCCCAAAGUUUUACGAUUAGGUACUGCCAAUUCAUUAGGAAUUAAUCAAUCAACAAUUAGAGGUACUUACCGGUUAAGUAAUUUAUUACAAGAAUUAACCAUUGCUAGUAGAUUUGGUCGUCAUCAAAUUGUACUAGAUGAGGCAAGAUUAAGUGAAAACCCCGUGGAUAGAAUGAAACGAUUAAUUUCUACUUCAUUUUGGAAUAAUUUAACUAGAGUAAUCACUAAGGAAAAUAUUGUUGAAAUGGCUAAAGAUACGAAAAUCAAAGAAUCUUGGAUUGAUGAACAAGGUGAAUUACAUGAAAAUCAAGAAUCUCAUAGAAUUUAUGUUCCAUAUAAUCGUAAAGAUCAAUACGAUUUUUUCCAAUUGAUUAAAAGUCACCGUACAGAUGUUCAAUUGGAUGUACAAUAUUUACCUAAGAAAAUCGAUGCCGAUUAUAUUAAAUCAAUUAAUAAAAAACCCGGAUUAUUAUCUAUUGCCACAAGACCCGAUCCAGAAACUCCUGGGAAUUUAAUUAGUUGGCCUUAUGUUGUCCCUGGAGGUAGAUUUAAUGAAUUAUAUGGAUGGGAUUCAUAUAUGGAAACGUUAGGAUUAUUAACCGAUGUUAAAAUUGAUCCAUCGGGUAAUCCUUGUAAUAUUAAACAUUUAGAAUUAGCUCGUGGUAUGGCAGAAAAUUUCAUUUAUGAAAUUCAUCAUUAUGGGAAAAUAUUAAAUGCUAAUCGAUCAUAUUAUUUAGGUCGAUCUCAACCUCCAUUUUUAACUGAUAUGGCAUUAAGAAUUUUUAAUAAAACAAUAGAAGUAGCUCCUGAAUCUAUGGAUGAUGCCAUAGAUUUUUUGAAACGGGCUACAUUAGCUGCUAUUAAAGAAUAUGAAACAAUAUGGUGUGCUCAUCCAAGAUUAGAUGAUAAAACUGGACUUUCAUGUUAUCAUCCAGAAGGUAAAGGUGUCCCACCAGAAACUGAACCUACACAUUUCAAUGCCGUAUUAAAACCAUAUCUUGCCAAAUAUGGAGGGAUUGAUCAACUUGAUUUCAUUGAAAAAUAUAAUUCCGGGGAGAUUCAAGAACCUGAAUUAGAUGAAUAUUUCUUACAUGACAGAGCUGUUCGAGAAUCUGGUCAUGAUACAAGUUAUAGAUUAGAAGGGAAAUGUGCUUAUUUGGCCACCGUUGAUUUGAAUUCUUUAUUAUAUAAAUAUGAAAAUGAUAUUGCCUUUAUAUUACAAUCAUUUUUCAAUGACAAUUUACAAGAUCCUUUUGCAAAUGAUAAAACCCAUAGUUCUAAAAUCUGGUUGGAAAGAAGCCAUCAAAGGAAAUUAAAUGUUGAUAAAUAUUUAUGGAAUGAACAAGAUUGUAUUUAUUAUGAUUAUAAUGUUGAAUUACAACAACAAACAAAUUAUGAAUCAGCGACAACAUUUUGGCCUCUUUACGCCAAAUUAGCUUCACCAGAACAAGCAGCAAAAUUAAUUGAUCAAUCAUUACAUAAAUUUGAAGAACACGGUGGAUUAGUUGCUGGAACUUUAAAAUCUCGUGGUGAAGUUGGAUUAACUCGUCCUUCAAGACAAUGGGAUUAUCCAUUUGGUUGGGCCCCACAACAAAUUUUAGCAUGGAUAGGUUUAGUCAAUUAUGGAUAUGAUGGAAUUGCUCGUCGUUUAGCUUAUAGAUGGUUAUUUAUGAUGACAAAAUCAUUUGUCGAUUAUAAUGGAGUUAUUGUCGAGAAAUAUAAUGUAACAAAGGGUGCAGUACCUCAUAGAGUAGAUGCAGAAUAUGGUAAUCAAGGUUUAGAUUUUAAAGGUGUUGCCACUGAAGGGUUUGGUUGGGUUAAUGCUUCAUAUUUAUUUGGUUUAACAUUUUUGAAUUUAUAUGCUCAAAGAGCAUUAGGUAGUUUGACUCCUCCUGAAAUAUUUUUAAGAAAUAUGCAUCCAGAACAACGGAAACAAUACAAGUAA